AUGCCCUUGAUAACAUUCACAGGGUUGCCAUCAUCGGGUAAAACGAAAUGGGCUAAGAAGUUGCAAGCAUUAUUGGAAGAAAAAAUCGAAUCUUCCAAGGCAUCGAAAGAACCAGGACAUAACUAUUCUAUAAUUUAUCACUCAGAUGAAACGUUAGGAAUUUCUCAUGAUUCAUACAAAGAUUCGAAUAUGGAGAAGCAUGCUAGAGGUAGUCAAAUGUCUGCUGUGAAAAGAGACUUAUCACGAACUAAUUUUGUUAUUUUAGAUUCCAUGGCAUAUAUUAAAGGUUUCAGGUACCAAUUAUACUGUGAGGCGAAAGGAGUGGCAACACCACAUUGUGUUAUCCAUGUGAUGAGUUCUUUAGAUACAAGCAUUCAAUGGAAUAAUGAAAAUAAUGACGAAAAGAAGUGGGAUAAUGAGCUUAUCAAACAAUUGAGUAUGAGAUAUGAGGAACCUAAUAAUGAUACUAGGUGGGAUUCACCCUUAUUUACUAUUAUGUCUGAUUACGACAAGGAAACAUUACCGAUAGAUGAAAUUUGGGACUGCCUUGUCUUAAAGCGUCCUCCUCCCCCUAACGCAGCAACAUUGGUGAAACCAACUUCAGGAAAUGAUUUUUUGCAAGAGCUCGACAAACAAACACUGGCAGUCAUUGGUAAAAUUGUCCAGCAUCAACAGUUAAUGAGCAUCGGAGGAGAAGCACUUAUAGAUAAGGAGAAAAAAUUAUUUAUCGAAAUGCCCGCUACAAGUGUUAGUAUCGCUCAGUUACAGAGGAUAAGAAGAUCAUACAUCAGUUUGAAUAGAAUGAGAAGUGUAGAUAUUGAUAGGAUAACUCCAUUGUUUGUUGAGUACGUCAAUAGAAGUCUCAGUAAUGAUGAUUGA